UGGAAUAACGUGAGGAAUAUCUGGAGGAGGAAUAAAGCAGCACUGAGGAAUAUUCGCAUUUGAUUUGAUCUGUCAUGAGCUCAUAAAACAUCAUCUGAACAGCAGGAAUCAUGGAGAAACUCUCAGUGCUGCUGCUGCUGCUCAUCACAGUCUCAGGUUUGGCCAGAGCUUCAGAGUUGGCCUUCAUCAAAGAACCUAGUGAUGUCAUCGCGGUGAGGGACCGCCCCCUCAUGCUGGACUGUCAGGUAGAGGGGGAGGGGCCUAUCACCAUCACCUGGCGGCGGAAUGGCGUUCCCGUUCCUCUGGGAGCCAGAGCAGCUGUGCUGGAUAACGGGACGCUCCUAAUCCGAAACCUCCAGAAACGACGUGAUGGUGAUGAGAGUGAUGCGGGCGAGUACGACUGUGCGGCGCAGAACCGAUAUGGCCUGCUCAUCAGCCGCAAAGCACAUGUGCAGCUGGCCUCACUGCCCAAGUUCCACACACAUCCAGAAUCCAUGAGUGUGGACGAGGGUGGCGUCGCUCGAUUUCACUGCGCCGUCAGCGGGGUCCCAGAGGCCAACAUCACCUGGGAAAGAAACAGAACAGCUCUCAAUGCUGAAGAUAACAGGUACACUCUCCUGCCCAACGGUAUCCUACACAUCACAGGUGUGCGCCAGGCUGACAGUGGCAGCUACCGAUGCGUCGCUAAAAACAUCGCAAACACUCGCUACAGUCACGAGGCCCAGCUGUCAGUCACAGUCGCAGCUAAUCGUCUCUAUAAGGAGCCGGUGAUUCUCUCUGGGCCGCAGAAUCUCACUCUGAACGUUCACCAGACCGCGAUCCUGGAGUGCAUCGCCACCGGAAACCCACGGCCCAUCGUGUCCUGGAGCAGGCUGGACGGUCGCUCCAUCGGCGUGGAGGGCAUCCAGGUGUUGGGCACAGGUAACCUCAUCAUCUCAGACGUGUCUCUGCAGCACUCGGGUGUGUACGUCUGCUCUGCUAACCGACCCGGAACCAGGAUGAGGAGAACCGCGCUGGGACGACUGGUGGUGCAGGCUCCUCCAGAGUUCCUGCAGUGGCCUCAGUCCGUGUCGAAGCCUGCGGGCAGCAGUGCCGUCUUCACCUGUCAGGCUCAAGGUGUUCCUGAUCCACAUCUCAUCUGGCUGAAGAACGGCAAGAUCCUCACACCUGGAGACCACGUCAAACUCACCAACAACAACAGCACGCUGGCAGUGACACGCAUCACGGCUGAAGAUGAAGCCAUCUAUCAGUGCAUCGCGGAGAACAGCGCAGGAACCAACCAGGCCAGCGCUCGUCUCGCCGUCUCUCCGUCCCUCGAUCUCCCAGAAGCCCCUCAGGACCUGACGGUCACGCCGCUGUCCAGCUCUUCUCUACGGGUGCGCUGGACACAGCCGGACACACACGUGACGGACGGCAUCAUCGGAUACGUGCUGCACAUCCGGAAGCUGGGCGAGCCGGACAGCAGCGAGCUUCAGGAAGCCGUGAGCAAAGACACGUUUCAGCACGACUUCACGAACCUGGAGGCCUCCACCACCUUCUCCAUCUAUGUGAAAGCGUAUUCACCGCUGGGAGCCAGUCAGCAGUCCGACAGCGUCAUCGCCACCACACACGGAGCCGUUCCCACGAUGCCCAGCUUCUUCUCCAAGGUUCUGAACAGCACAGCGAUGCAGGUGUUCUGGGAGCUUCCAGCUAAAGCCGGUCGAGUGGAGGGAUACACACUCUCUCUCCGCAAGCUUCCACAGCAAGAGUUCAGACACCAGGAGCGAUUCCCCGCUCACAUCAACACACACACCAUCUCCAACCUGGAAGCGUCAGCGGUGUAUGAGAUCCAGCUCACAGCCUUUAACGGGAACGGCGACAGCAUCGGCAACAAACGGCUCGUCUCAUUGGCCGAGACUGAAAAGAGCGGGAAAGAUGCAGCAGCAGGUGAGAGUGUGUGUGACUGUGGUCAGGACAGUGAGGGCUCCAUGACGGCUCUGGUGGUGGGGAUCCACAUCGGCAUGGCCUGCAUCAUAUUCUGCGCUCUCUUCCUGAUGUUGGGCUCGCGGCACAGCUUCUUCUGUCAGAAGGGUUCUCCAGGUGACUGGAGUGUCUCAGCAGGACCGAGUGUUUCUCAGAGAGACGCCGCAGCUAAAGAAGCCGACGCUAUCGAGCUCACAACACAGACUGCUGCAGCUCAGUGUCAGGUGAUGAUUGAACCUCAACCUGUCCAUCCGCCGGACACGGGCACUGGAUGAGACACCUAUACCCCCCCCAUCACCACCUUCAGCUGUACAGCAACCACAUGUGUCUCACCAAAGCCUUACACUGACCUCAACACACACACUCACACAGAGCUUGUGAUCACAGAAGGUCCCUAGGUUCGAUUCCCAGGGAAUGCAUGCACUGAAAAACAUUAUAUAGAUUGAAUUCAAUAGAGAAAAACAUCUGUUAAAUGAAUGAAUGUAAAGCAGACUUAGAAUGAGCUCAGUAGAUAUCUUAUAAGACAGAUGCGUUUAGUGCUGUCCAUGUAGGUGACUCUCUAGGUUUGGAACAGAGCUCUGGUUUAAACAUGAUUACAGUUUCCAAACAAACCUCAGUUAAUGUAACGGACAACAAAUGGAACUUUAUCCUGUUAAACCAAAAAUGCAUGCGACUGAUGAAGAGUUAGUCUGUUAUAAUAUUAGAUAAGUGUGUGUGAGUGAUUGGACAUUAAUUAUUCACCGUAUUAGCCUGUGUGCAGCUGAAGCCCCGCCCUCUUCCCUUAAGCCCCUCCCAUUCCACCAAAACUCUCUCUGUCCAAAGAGCCACGCCCCCGUCUGACCGUCUGACUGUCCUGCUGCUGCUGGGAAAAACACUCUACCUCAACCACACAUGUCUUCAAACAGGUCCUCUCGGACCCGUCAGAACCUCCAGAGGACGUCGAGUUCGAGCUCUGCUGUCACUUUUGAUGUUUUACCAGACUCUUUCUCAGAUUUUGUGUUGAGGGACAUCCAAAGAACUUCUCUUUUUUUUCUUCACGGUGUUCCACAAAUACACUGAUGUUUCAUUUAUAAAGCUGUUUCCCAUACGGCAAAAAAAUAUGUUUUAAACAUAUGUAUUAUGUAAUAUACAAAAAAUGGCCAAAAAAUUAUAUAUUUACUAAAAUAU